AUGGUCACAUACAGGGUGAGUGCUCUCCUUGCCAUCGAGGAUUACACAGAAUCCAUUCCGCCCAUUGCUCGGGGCUAUGCUGCUGGGCCAGCCCUGAGAGUCUUGAAGAUACGGAACAAACUUCGACUGGAGCACGUCCAGUACAAUAAGUAUGAGGUGGGCACUCCCUCCGAAGUGCACCCAGCUCUUGACUCUUCGCCUCUUGACUACAGCCCAAGGGCUGUCAAAGACGCAGAGAGCUCAGAGGAACGACUCACUCGGAGAUAUUCUGAAUCAACUGACAAAUAUGGGUAUUCGAUUCCUGAUGAGCUCAGGGAAGCUGCUAAGAUUGUUGCGGAGUCGACGCCCCGUUCCCCCUCAACUGGCAAUCAUAGUGCCAUUGCUGCUCUAACGGAUGAGAGGUAUGGAACGGGAAUCCAGGAUACCUAUGUUCCACCUCAGGCAUACCACACCUAUAAUGGGUUAUCUCAAAUUGUUUUGGAUGAGAACGACUCAAUGCUCCUUAGAGGGAAUGGCACAGAAGGCGACUUAAAGAAGCGAGCGAGCUCGAGCUGGUGGAUGGCCACGAUGACACAACGUGGAAGCAGUCCCUAUACGCCUUCUGGGUAUAAAAGGAAUGUCAUGGACUAUGGGGCUAAGGCUCUCCAAAUCCAUUGGGACUGGGCCUGGACCAUGCAAGAUGUUGUCAUUGAGAGCUGCGGCAGUGGAAUUGUAAUCGUCGGUGGAGCAGGUGGUCCUUUUAGCACUGGACAAGGGGUUGGAUCGUUUGCUUUGGUUGACGCUAUCAUAGCCAACACUCCAACUGGAAUCACCACCACUCUAUACAACAAGAACUCAACUGCACUAUUUUUGCAGAAUGUUGGGUUCUACAACACUCAGAAUGCUAUACUGGAUGAUACUGCCAAUAAAGCUCUUAUCCCUGGCGGCGAUCAGAUCAUUCUUGACUCCUGGGGGUUCGGCAUGGUCAAUGAUCCACAAGGCGCAAGAUUUGUCUCUGGUACCUGA